AUGAGCGGGGUUUUGUUUUGGAAUCAUGCAAGAUGUCACGUCAUGAUUAAGCCACUCUUGCUUCUCACAGAGACUGAAGAAACAUUAAAUGAAUUAAUGCUCUAUGACAGACACUUCCUGACUCUCCCUUGUUCAAACAAAUAUGUUUCUGAUGUGACGACAUUUAAAUAUUUGAACAAAAGUUCUGAAAAACUAACUCAAGUUUUCAAAGACAAAUGGGAUUGUCACAACUUUGAGUAG